GUGUUUUUAUUUUUAUUUAGCAGUGGUGAGUGGAGAGGGUUGGUGCAUGGAUGCGGCUGCUUUCUUUUAAUAUUAUGCGCCAUUGACCGCGAUUCGUACCUUCCAUGUCAUUGGGGAAUCCAAUGGAACCCAGUGUGGGGGCAACACGUAGGUGAUACGAAACAGCGGUAAACAUGUCACCUGCACCCCAUCCCAAGUGAUGAAGCCCCCCUGCCAUAUGAUACAACCCAUAUAUAUAUAUAUAUAUAUAUAUAUAUAUAUAUAUAUAUAUAUACAAACACACGGGAGUAAUAAAAACCGGAAUGGGAGCGUGAAUAGGCAAUGGGAAACGAGAAACAGGAACCGCGAGAAACGGAUCUUACCGCUCGUAACUUCCGGCUGCGACUCCCUCCGCAUUUAAGCGCGACAGCGGUCCACGCUCGAGCCGAAGUCGUGACGCUUCGCCGCCGACUCGAGACCGAUGGCCGCGGCGGAGGCGUUGGAGGAGAAGCAGGCGGAUGCUACGCAGGCUCCCCGGCCCCGGUCGCCGCGGCGGUACACGGACCUCUGCGGGCGCCACCGGCUGCAGGCGCGGGUCCAGCUCUUGAGUCGGGAGAUCGGCUUCCUUGAGGAGGAGUUACAAUCAGUUGAAGGGCUUCAACCUGUCUCUGUAUGCUGCAAAGAGGUUGAUAAAUAUGUAGGGACAACUCCAGAUCCUUUAAUCCCAACAUAUAAGAAGAGACAUAAGUCCUGCUGCUUCUCGAGGUGGCUCCGGGCAAUGGUUUGCUUCAAUGCGACAUGCUUCACCGGUGGUUGCUCGAGCUGGCAGAACAGACCUUGUUGCACUCGUAGACCCAACGGGUCCUGCUCCUCUAGUGGUGGAUACCCUAGCAGAAGCUGCUGCAGCGUUUCCUGCUCCAGAUUGCGCUGUGUCAUCCCAAGACUCUCGUGUCCUGGAUAUUCUUGUGGAUGUGUCUGUUCUUGUUCCAACUGUACCAAGGUACGCCUUUGCCCUACAUGUUUGUGUUGUAUUAGCCACUGUGUAUGUGAAUAAUAGAUCACUUGAUGUUCUUCAGUGUGCUGAUUUCUUACUACGUAUUUGUACAUCUCUUCUUUCUUUUGGUAUCUUAAUAAUUGCAAUUAAUACAGAAACAUGCCUAGUGCGCACUGCUUUUCCAAUAAAAGAACAGGUAAUUUCUCUCUGUUUCAUACUUGGUUUAUUCUGUUGCCUACUGAAAACAAAGGCAAAUAUCAUGUUGAUGGGAUUCGAAAGGUAAAAGCUGUUCACAACACUUUUCCAUAAUCUUAAGUGCUUGACAAAACUGGGAUACCAACCUCACAUACCUUCUCUAUCAUGAAGCCAGAUGAAUUAUUAUGUAGUAAUUUCUGGUUAUUCUGCAUUAAAUCAAGCUACCAAUCAUAUGACCAUAUCCUAAUAUUUCUUGUUCUGAAGUUGUGUGUGGCCUCAUAUUGUACUCUCUUUUAUAGCUAAAUCUGUGCAUAAUUUGGAGGGUGAGUCACACUAAACACCUCUGAUAUGUGAACUUGAAAGAUUCACCUUCGAGACAGAUAAGCUUGGCACCAUUGAGAAGCAUAUUUUGACUAACCAUUAUGCUCUUUCUUUCUACCUAUGAGGCCACAUAUGAGGUACACUUCAGCUAUAUUCUCUUUCGGUGAUCUACUUUUAGAGGCUCUGUUGAUUUGUUCUAAAGUAUCCACUACCAGUUGAUCUAAUUGGUUUUUUCCGUUGGGAGAAGCAUGAAAUGGCAAUGGGAACAAGAAGAUAUCUCAUACUGACAUCUUGUGUGUCAUCAAUGCUGAUGGUCUUUGUGUGUGUGUGUUUUUUUUCGUUACACUAAAAUGGAUUAUCUAUGUUUUUUUUUUUCUCAACACAGCUUUCUAUAUUUUUCUACCGAGGUUUAGGACGAACAUUAAUAGUGUUGUAAAUGAUUAUCGUUAGAAAGGAAAAAACAAGAUAUAAAAAGAUGUGAAAUGAAAUAAAUAUAUUUUUUUUAUUAAUCUUAAUGAUGAUAAAAGAAAACAAUUGGGACUUCCGAUCUUGUUGUUGUACAUCAAAACGGAUAAUAGUAAAGAAUUUUUAGUGAAGGCAUGUUUCAAAAAACUAAAAUUUAAUUGGUCUUUAUAAACUCAAUUAGUGACACCUUCAACGAAAAAAGAAAAAAAAACACUUAUCCUCACCUAUAUUUUCUUCACUAUGUGUCUU